AUGAAUGGAUAUUUCUCCCACAAACACAGCUCAGUGGACUUUGUGAUUAACCUGAGGACUGAACCUAAACAGGAUUUGUGGAUUGGAUUGUACAAGCACAAAGGGUCCUGGACGUGGAUCAACGAUGUGGUAGUUACAGGUUACAGGGCCUGGAGAAUUGGAGUCUUACCUUCUCAUGCAGCAGAAGGAUCAGCUGCUUUUAUGGUGGAGGACGGAACCUGGAACUACACCAAAGAAGGACAUAAGGGCUAUGUGUGUGAACUAAAGCUCUGA